UCCUCAAACCCUCUCUCACCCAUAACCCUCCUAUACGGGUUUUCUAUUACACAACCGUAACAUCUGUUCAAAACCAAACCCUAGAUCCCUCUCUCUCCAAUUACUUGAUAUAACCAUGGUUUCCGACGCCAGCAAGAAGAAGGCUGCUCAAAAGAAGGCGGCGGCCGCUGCCAAGAGAGGUGGAAAAGCAGCUGCAACCUCCUCAAAAGCAGCGGCGGCUGCCGAUUCGCAGAAUGGAGUUGUUGAUAAGUUGUCGAAUGGAGUUGGAGCUCUUCAGGUUUCCGAUCGGACUUGUACUGGCGUCCUAUGCUCACAUCCUCUUUCCAGAGAUAUCCGCAUUGAAUCAUUGUCAGUUACUUUUCAUGGACAUGAUCUCAUUGUUGAUUCUGAGCUGGAGCUAAACUAUGGCAGACGAUAUGGAUUGCUUGGUUUAAAUGGAUGUGGGAAAUCAACACUCCUAGCUGCAAUAGGGUGUCGAGAGCUUCCAAUUCCAGAGCACAUGGACAUAUAUCACCUCACCAGGGAGAUUGAAGCUUCUGACAUGUCUUCACUUGAGGCUGUGAUAAGCUGUGAUGAGGAGAGGUUGGAGUUGGAGAAAGAAGCAGAGGCCUUGGCUGCACAGGAUGAUGGAGGUGGAGAAGCUCUUGAUCGUGUUUAUGAGCGUUUGGAGGCCAUGGAUGUGGCAACUGCAGAGAAACGUGCUGCUGAAAUUUUGUUUGGUCUUGGAUUUAACAAGCAAAUGCAAGCAAAGAAAACUCGAGAUUUUUCUGGUGGCUGGAGAAUGAGGAUUGCAUUAGCUCGGGCUUUGUUCAUGAACCCAACUGUCCUCUUACUUGAUGAGCCAACCAAUCAUCUUGACCUUGAAGCCUGUGUCUGGUUGGAGGAAACUUUAAAGAACUUUGAACGCAUUCUAGUUGUGGUUUCUCACUCUCAGGAUUUCUUGAAUGGUGUCUGCACAAACAUUAUCCACAUGCAAAACAAGAAAUUGAAAAUCUACACUGGUAACUAUGAUCAGUAUGUUCAGACUCGUUCUGAACUGGAAGAAAACCAGAUGAAACAGUACAAAUGGGAGCAGGAUCAGAUUUCUUCCAUGAAGGAGUAUAUUGCCCGAUUUGGGCAUGGGUCAGCAAAGUUAGCUCGUCAGGCGCAGAGCAAGGAGAAAACUCUUGCUAAAAUGGAACGUGGUGGGCUUACAGAAAGGGUUGUGAGAGACCAUGUUCUGGUCUUUCGCUUUGUUGAUGUGGGGAAGCUCCCACCACCCGUGCUUCAGUUUGUUGAAGUAACCUUUGGCUACACGCCUGAUAACCUUAUUUAUAAGAAUCUUGACUUUGGUGUCGAUCUGGACUCUAGGGUUGCGCUGGUUGGCCCCAAUGGAGCUGGAAAGAGUACCUUGCUGAAGCUAAUGACGGGUGACUUGGUUCCUUUAGAUGGCAUGGUUCGCCGGCACAAUCACUUGAGGAUUGCGCAAUUUCAUCAACACUUGACUGAGAAACUAGACCUGGAAUUAUCUGCUCUGCUUUUUAUGAUAAGAGAGUAUCCAGGGAAUGAGGAAGAAAAAAUGAGGGCAGCGAUUGGGAAGUUUGGGUUGACAGGCAAGGCCCAGGUGAUGCCCAUGAAUAAUUUGUCAGAUGGGCAGAGGAGCAGGGUGAUUUUUGCUUGGCUGGCAUUUAGGCAACCCCACAUGCUGCUUCUGGAUGAGCCAACCAACCAUUUGGAUAUUGAGACCAUCGACUCCCUGGCGGAGGCAUUGAAUGAGUGGGAUGGGGGUCUGGUUCUUGUUAGCCAUGAUUUCAGGCUCAUAAACCAGGUAGCGCAGGAGAUAUGGGUAUGUGAGAAUCAGGCUGUUACCCGGUGGGAGGGCGACAUUAUGGACUUCAAGGCUCACCUCAAGAUGAAGGCAAGGUUGUCUGAUUGAGUUGAGUUGGAUCACAGGGACAGAUUCGGAUAGUGGUUGAGUAUCACGAGGCCGAGUGGGUGAUUUUAGUUUCCCCAGGAUGAAGAAAGCAGCUUGUAGAGAGGAGGGGAUGGGUGACAAGGGGCUUGUUUAUUGUUUCGAGCCAAAUGUUCAUCGUAUCCUUUGCUCGGUUACUAGGGAGUAUUAUUUCUGUUUUCUUUAAUUACGAUUGGCGAUCUACUGCUAGACUUGGUCCUUUACCAAGGUGGUGGUAUGUGACAAUAUUUAUUUAGUUCAGAGGCGAUGCUGAUGUGAUCCUCUUGUUACAUGUGUACUCUGAAAAACAUGUUAUGCUACUUUCUUCCCUAUGCUACUUUUAUUCCGCUUUUAAAGUUUUGGUGUCGCCUACUGGAUUUGCAUCUGCAUGAUGGUAAUAAAAUGUUCCACUUGAUUUUA